AUGGAAUCAGAUACUUCUGGAGAUAUGAAGAAGAUUCUCACCGUAGCCAUAGAUAGAGCUGCAGCAAAAGAAGAAGAUGGCAUGGUAGCUGAUGAAAAUGAGAUAAUAAAUGGACCUGCUCACAGAUGCAAGACAAUGCGGGCAGAACUGAUAGCGAAGAAGUGGAGUUCAAUCUUGGAUAUUUUCCUGAAAGACGUUAUUUGCUCUGAUCCCUCUAGAAGUCCAACAUUCACGGAAGCUACGAACAUGUUUAAUGGGUCCUUCGUUUGUGGGUUGAUCUCGUCAACGCUACGCCAUGUUGUCCACCAAAGAUUGAAAAUUGCGAAAAAUUUACUAGCUGUUAUUCAACUUUACGAAGCAGGCACUGCUCGUUUUGAUUACCAUUUUUUCGACUUUGCUAACCUUGAAGACGAGUUUAGUAAUUUCAUUUCUCUCUACUCUCUUUUCAAUACUCAGCUGUCCUUGAGGCUAUCAAGGGAUAAUGCGCAGGCAUCACUUUGUAGCUGGUUUAUGGCCGGCGAUGGUGUUGAUUUAGUUUGCGAAACAGCUCAAAUUGGAGAUCCCGAUGAGAACAGUAAUCUUCCACACUUCAACGAAUUUCUAAGUUCUGUCGUCAAGGCAUCACUACAAAUUCUGUCCCCUAAGUCAACUCAUGCGUUACUGGCGAGGAGCUUAGCAAACCAUGAUAGAUAUUUAGCUCUGAUGCAAUUGUGUAACACAUAUGAGACAUACAAGUCAGAAGAUCUACGUCCGGUGGUGACAUUUUACAAGGCCAUAGCUUUCUCUGGAUUAGGCAAACCGUUGAAGGCAAUGGCCGCUUUCAAUGCUGCUGCUCGGGGAGUGACCGACUGCAACGAAGCACUCCUUUUAGCAUUGUCGUCAUUCGAAAAAAAGGCUGAGGAAAUCAAUCUGGGAGAUUAUUAUGUCGUUGCAUUACGAUAUCUCAACAAUCAUCGGCACAGCGAAGAAGUAAUCGAAAUGGCUCGAAGUGCAAUAGCUUUGUUGCCUCCAGGCCAUAAAUGCACUUCCACGAUUUACGCAACUCUCUUCAACCAUCUAAUCAACCAAGGAAACUGGUGUGAUGCG